UUCUGGCGGUUCGGCGUUUGCGGCGGAUAACAUGGCGGCUUCCAUGCUGGGCUCUCUGCUGCGGACCGUCCGGAAGAUGGUUCCUUCAUCACCUUCAGGCCAAGUUCGAGGUUAUUACGUAGACUGGAAAAUGUUGCGUGACGUGAAGAGACGAAAAAUGGCCUAUGAAUAUGCAGAUGAGAGGCUACGGAUCAAUUCACUCAGGAAGAAUACCAUUUUGCCAAAAGAUCUUCAGGAAGUGGCCGAUGGAGAAAUUGCUGCCCUUCCCCGGGAUAGCUGCCCUGUUCGAAUCCGAAAUCGGUGUGUUAUGACGUCCCGUCCACGUGGUGUAAAGCGGCGCUGGAGGCUUAGUCGUAUUGUCUUCCGUCACUUAGCAGACCACGGGCAGCUGUCGGGGGUCCAGCGAGCAAUAUGGUGACCCGCUCCAGAACCUACUGAGCAGGGAAGCCAGUUCUGGCAAGAAGAGUCUUCUCUAAUAGACAAAAACCUAGUUCUGUAGGGGUCCAGUAUGGGAGUCUAGUUUACCUGAUGCUGCCUACGGUUAAAUUACCUUUUAAUUUUAAAUUAAGAAAUUUGGUGGAUGUUUCAGUCAGUGAAUUCUGGCUCUCUGUGAAUUAUCUCUUCUCUUGGACUUAAAAAUUAACCGAACUGUUUCCAUACAUACUACAAGGAGUAGAGUAAUAAAAAAUAUUCUGUG